GUCGGAUGUAAAACUCCUUUGCAAUUUUCGGAUAGAUUCUACGUUGUUUACGCGGCGACUUUAUGGAAACAAUUUGAGUUUUCAGUUGCACCGUCGAUUUUUGAUUUUGGUUUCGGUUUUGUUUCUUCACUGUACUUUGGCCCAGUGGCAAAAAAAUAAAUAUUACAUAUUCUAAUCGGGACCUCGGCCCAUCACCGUGGUGCUGUCUCUUUUCAACAGCUGCUACCCGAUUAGUCCAUUCUGUGAGGCUUUUCUUCGGGAAAAUUUCAACUGUUGAUCCGAAACUGGGAAAUUAACAUUUUAAGUGCCGAGCUUCACGCUCCUGUUAACUGUCGGUCUAAAGUUAUGGGUUCAAGUCCGACUCGAGAGACAGGAACACAAAAAAAAGAGACUUACACUAUAUGGAGAUGUCAUUAUUUUUGAAUGAACUGUGAAACCAAGGCCCCACCUAGUCUCAUAUGAAUGUUAAAGAUCUCAGUACAUGAUUUUAAAACGUGUGCAUCGUACUUAUCCCUGGUGUUCUUGCCAACAUCAAUCCCUCAAUUAAUGUCAUUAAGAAAAAGAUUGUCAGAUCAUCAUGAAAUUGCUGCUUGCAGGAGCUUGCUUUUUAGAAACUGGUUGCUGUGCAACUCACACUGUGACAAUAUUUAGUUUUCAAAUGUAAUGAAUGGGCAGUGAAAUGCUUUGAAACGUCCACUGAUUAUGGCAGAUGUGCUGCUUGGCCUGCUGUGUUCAUCCAGCUCCACACUUUUUGUUAUCUUGGAUUCUCCAGCAUCUGCAGUUCCCAUUAUCUCUGCUGUAUAAAUGCAACAUUUUUGAAAAAAGACAGAAUGUGACCAUAUGAGCAACGCUUGUAGAGGAGUGGCACAAACGUACUGGCCUCCUUGAUGCUAUAACCUUCUACUGAACCUAUUUGCCCAGAGCUCUUGAGGGAAUGGAAUCAAACCUGGGAGAGAGGACCAUUGCUGUAUCAGGCUUUCCUGAAGACGUUCUUCCCAUAAAUGUGAUGAUUGACAAACUCACCAUUCAUUUUUUGAGGCCAAAGAAUGGUGGUGGAGAGGUGGAAUUUGUCUCCUAUCCUACCAGUGAUCCUGGUAUUGCUUAUAUCGUCUUUGAAAAGGAGGAAGUUGUGAACAGUGUGCUAGGAAAGAAGGAGCAAGUGCUAGAAGACAAACAACUCCCAAAGAAAUACCCAUUGCAAGUUUCACAGAGUUAUAUUUUUACCGAUGUCUCAGUUGAUUUGGACUUGUCAAUAUUUGGUGAGACAACCAACCUAAUAAGAGAGCUUGAAAGCAGGAAUAAAAGCUUGCAGUUUUCAGCAUGCCCUGAUGGAAGAUUCCAUGUUGCGGGUUCCUUCUCAGCAAUGAAGGAUUUGAGGAAAGAUGUUCAGAGAAGAAUAAAUGACUUUCAAAUAUUUCCUCUCCCGAGUUCAGUUUCAAAAUCUGCAGUAAAUACCUCUGAAAGAAAGCUCACAAGGUGUGCGUCUGAGGGUGAAACCAAGCAGCAAAAGCCUGCAGCUAAACUGAAUGACAGAGCCAACGAUGUCUUGUGUCCUAAUGUACUUGAGAAUGAAACUACAGUUGUUCUGGAUGCUGAUAUUUUUGCAUACAUUAAUGCGUUUUACGAAGAUCAUUGGAAGAUUAUGCUUUGUAAACAUAAUGUAAAAGUGGAGGUGGUAAAUCUUGAUGGAAUAACUGUUCUCCAGCUGGCAAAAGCUAGUGACCAGUGUGAACAAUCGCAACUGAUGAUGGCUAAAUUUGCAAUGGAGAGUUUAGUGAGUCAAAUGCAGCAGACGUUGCUCAGUGAGAAAAUUAGAUUAGAUGGAGGCAGUGGGCCAGAAAAAAUGCUGGAGGCCUGCAGGCAAACUAUGCAAAGCUUCCCUCAGGUUUUAGUUUGCAUUACUGAUGAGUACGUAUCCCUCAUAGGCAAAUCUCACCAUUGCAGUCAGUUCAAGAAAGAAGUGAAUGAGAAAGUGAAGGCCAUGCAGUCAAAGCCCAGUCUGGUGUUCAGUGGGCAUUUGAGUAUUCCAAGUGCAUCUGGGCACCCACAUCAUUUUGGGGCGGAUUUAGAUUCAAGAGCUGCGCAUGGAAAGUAUGUUUCUAAUACUGGUGCGAGCAGCCUAAAUCAGAACUGUGAUUCUGAUCAACGUACGAGUAGCCAUGCUGAUUGUUCAAAAACUGGUUAUCGAAACUUUGAUACUAAUGGGAAGUUGGGAAGUUUUCAUUGUGGUGGAGGUGCAUUACACAGUGGACCAUCUCCUUUGCCAGCAUCAUUCAGUAUGGCCUCAAGCACCAAACAGCAUGGCAAGUUGGAAAACGCUUCAAAGAUCUCCAAGCAAUAGGCUCAAUCAUUUUUAUGAUUGAAUAAUGUUUUUUUUGUUCCUUCUGUGUGGUGUAGUCUUUAUUCAGUAACUGCAAGAAAAUGGGUUAGUAAUUUAUUUAUAACUGGUACUGAAUGGCCUGUGUGUACCCAGGUGCUAUCUCCAGGUGCAAAGUAUGGCCCUAACUAGAACGGGUGCUGAUGAUAUCAAGUGUAACAAAAGCUGUGCUGGUCGUGGAAGGCCGAUUAAUCAUCUGCAGAGUUGUGCAAUAUCUGUAUAAAUGAACUGUUAACCAGGUUUUAAUGCAGUUACCAUCUCUGAUAUUUUCAAAUACAUACUAUGUGUAAAAUAGGUUUCACUAUAGAGCUCAGAAAGGAUGCAUUGUGAUUCAAUGAACUGGGCACUGAUUUGUUUGUGAUCUUAAAUUGAAAUUCCAGGAGUGUGAAUUGUUUUUGCAAUCUGCACUUUAGAAAUGUGUUGUACAUGCUGCUGAUUAUUUAUGAUCUCAGAAAGCUUGCUAAUCAUCUUGCUGUUUUUUGAAUGUUUGACUUUUGUUUGGCAUUUUGUACAUGUCAAAACCCAUAAACAGCAGCUAAACAGUUCUUCUGAUUAAGAAAUUAUUUUGAGGUUUAAAUUUACACAUUAAAACCAGUGACAAUACAUUGUUGGGUCUCUUGUAUGGGAUAUAGUGGUGUGCCUGCUUUGUGCUAAGUACUGUAUUUUCAGAGAGGAAAAGAUUUUUAUUUCUAUAAAUGCAUUAAAUUAUUUCUUGUAAUAUUCUCUGCACAUACUAUAACCAUAUUCUUAAAAACCC